GGCUCCAGUGCGUGGACCUUUAGCCUCGCUUGCGGGGCCCAGCCGCCCAUAUGUGGCCACGUGGUGGUCGUCGCGACCACGUGGUGCAAAGACCCAGGCAGCUCCAGCCGGCCGCCGAUAGGCCUGCCCUGCAGGGCGGCAUCGACGUCCGCGAGCAGAGCCACGCCAGCAGCUCGAACAUGACCAGCGACAGCGGGGCCCAGGAGAGCAGCAGCAGCUCCUCGGCGCUCAAGGGGCUCUCGAGCUACGGCAGGCCGCUGGACCUUCCCGCCGACGCCGCAGAUCUGUGCCACAGGCAGUGGAACAGCAGCGAGAGCAGCGGAGCAACGGCCAGAGAGGACAGGGAGCGGCAGCAGCUCCGGACGAUCGCCGGCAGCGAUUCCGGCGUCGACGAGGAGCUUGACGAGGGCGGCAACAUCAGCAACCUCGCGGCGAGGAGCCGCACGCAGCGGCGGCGGGAGCAGCGCCGCGCCGCCGUGAUCAAGAAGAUGCGCGGCCUGGCGGCAGAGGAGCAGGGCCAGAGCCCGGAGGAUCCACAGCGGGAGCUCAGGCCCGAGGCGGAGGGCGCAGGGCGGCCGGGCGAGGCGGAGCCGCACGGGCUCCGGGCCGCCGCCGCCGUCGAGGGCCUGGACAGGCGACAGCAACAGCGCGGCGCUUCCAGCUCCGCAGCGAGGGCGGGCCUGGAGGCAGAGGAGGGCGUGCCCGGCAGCCCCUCGGAGCUCGCCCGGCUCCCGCAGCACGCGGCCGCGCUCCGUGCCGGCGCGCCGCUGGCCAGCAGCAAGCUCUCGCUCUGAGCGCCAGGCCCUUUUUCGGCUCGGCGGGCCGCCCCCUCGCCGUGGGACGCCCGAUUCUUCGCGGUGCCGCCCACCAGUUAACGGGCGAAGAACCGUGUAAUUGUUUUUUACCGUUCUUCGCUCGCUGAGCCAGCGCCAGCGAGGGCCGUGCCCCCUCGUCCUCCCUCCACGGCGCCGACUUCGAGCAGCCCCCAUUAUAAUGCUCCGCGCGCGGGGCGCCGCGCGCAGCGGCGGCGGCGUGCUCUCGGGAGUGCCGCGCGAGGGGGGCGGGACUCUGCGGCACGGAAGGGUGCCGCUGGCGCGGAGCCCGGAUGCCGCUGCGCCCGACCUCUGCCUCCCGCUUCUCCCCUGCAGGCUCGAGCGCUCCUCGAGCCACCAGCGCUGCUCCUGAGGCGCCAGGCCAUGGGGCUGGGCCAGGGGGGCCUCUUGCUUUUUGCGCGGGAUGCCCGAACACGGGGUCGUCUCGCCCCGCCUGAUUGUUUUGCGAGGGGCAGGUCCGAUGAGAGAGGGGUUCCGAUGCCGUUGUGGCCGGAUGUAGCGUUUUUUUUUACGCGGUGGCCAGAUGUAGAGGCACAGCUGUAGCUGAGUCGUGCUCAGCUACCCAACACGCACUGCCGAGGCCAAAGAGAGUAGGUCCAUACUUCUGGCCAGUUGACCUGCGUUGUAGGGUACGGGACAGCUCGUGUGCGCCGACUCCGGGUCCUCAUGUGCAGUGCGAGUAGCGCCACGCGGCUCUGGGAGCCUGAGCAUUCUGCGAUUCCCGACGGACGUUGCAGCGGAAGCGACAGGAAUGGCGACAGGGAUAUUGUGAGGCAGCGCAGGGAUGCCGCACUGUGGCCUGCCAUCCGUCAGGUGGCAGACGGCGCAAGCCUCCAAAUCCCGCGUGCGUGCAAACGUGGGCUGGUUUUGCACGCCUCGUCGCCUCUGCGAUGCGCGACUACGGCUCCUCCUGCAUGGUGGUCGUUCGGCUUCUGGGCGAUUGAUGUGAGAACUUGUUCAGUAUGCUGUUUUCACACGUCGCCAGCCUGCCGGGCGUCGCACCUCACGUGUCAGCCCAUGAGGGCUCGACGACGCGCGAGAGUGGUCACAGCCUCUCUCCCCAAUGAUGGUUUCCGAGACUUGCGGGGGACACGAUGUCCGCUGCCAAGGCCCAGGGGCC